AUGUCUUGGCGUAUUGUGGCCUUCCCGUAUAUUCCCCCAGCGGAGUCUCCAUUCCCGGAUGCGUAUUUAAAAACUCAGCCGGGGGAUCGACUGCGUGUAGUGCGCCGGGGAUCCGCCAUGGCAAUAGUGAAGGGAACAGAAACAGACAACAACAAUAAUAAUAUGCGAUCAUCAUCAUUGUGGGCUAUUGUAGAGGGAAAGGGACGUUUAGGACUCUUUCCGUUAGAACUCACACGUGAGGAGGAGACUAAGCGGGCCGUGAGGCGUGUAGUAGAGAUGGAAACAGGAACAGUUCCUACAUUAGCACCAGAAGAAAAUAUUGCUGUAGAUGUGGAGAUGAGUGAUAAUGAUAAUCAUCACACCUGUAAUGUUUCUUCUCACUCAACAACAAGUGAAGAUCAUACAAAUGCGACUCCUACACCUAUUCCUACGGGAAAUAAUGAGCCGUGUAAUGAUAACUGUACUACUUCAUUCGAGUCUGGGAUAGAAGUAGUAGUGGAGGAUAUAGAGGGAAAUGAUAUGAAAAAGAAGGAGAAGAGUGUUCACUUUCUACGUAGAGACUACACAUUAGCACAGUAUGAUGAUGAUGUAGAGGCGGCACAUGCACGUAAUGCCGCAGAGAAUGAAGAGGAAAUAAUCGCCCAAAGUCGUUUGAGACGAGUUCCAGGAAAAGAAAAGAUCAUAAAGUUUGUCUCCGAUAUACAGAAUAAAAGAGAAGAAGGAAAACAAGAGAGUGAAGAAGAGAAGCAGAGAAAACAAUUACAACAACAAUAUGUGGAGUUAAGUGGAGAACUGGCGUGGCUUUCUCACGUCACGGAACGGGUAGAGGCGGAACGACGACGUUUGAUUGAAGUACGAACUUCAAGUUUAGAAGAUCAACAAUUACAACAAGAGACUCUUACAAAUGAGUUAGAGAGUAAUAAACGUAUCAUCAAAGAGAAAAAAUCAGAGAUAGAGGUAAUGAUGAAGUGUAUACAUUAUCUUAAAUCGAUUCUAAAGAGACACGGUUUGGAGAGUGAUGAUAUUUCCUCUUCACCACCACCACCACCAGAUGACAUCAUCAGCAAGUCGAAUAUGGGAGAUUUGAGUAAUGAUAAUAAUAAUAAGGAUAAUGACAGUAUGGGUGAUGGUAAAAGUGAAGGGGACAUAGAAGCAAAAGAAAGUUCUAACAGUAAUGAUAAUGGGAUGAUACAGGAAUUCAUAGAAAAAGUGGGAGAAGAAGAGUUAGCAGAGGACCCAGAGACUGCAGAAGAAGUAAAAGCCCUACGAGAGUGUAUUGAACGUGAAAAGGAAACACUACGGGAUUAUGCUGCCCAACGCAAACAACUACUCACACGCAUAGAACGCCUAAAACACAUACAAGCAGCCAUUGAAGAGGAAUCACAAGCACUGCAGGAGUCGGAAAAGGCUCUAGCGGUCUUAGCACCUGAAGGAACCUACACAAUUAUACGGGCUAAUAAUAAUAAUAAUAAUAAUAAUAAUAAUAAUAAUAAUAAUAAUAAUAAUAAUGACAUGAAUCGCCAUAGUCAUUAUAAUGAGGUUAAGGAUAACAAUAAUGAAAGUGUUUUGAUGGAGUUGGAGAUGCAAAAAGGAUUUGUAUGGCCAGCCACACUGCCUGGACUAACGGCGGAGGAACAGGAGGCUUUAAACAAUUAUCAACGCAUUGUUCAAAAGUAUGAGGGAAAGCGAAAACAAUUACAACAAGAACAAGAAGAGAAGAAUAAUGCGGAUACAGGGAAUAGUAGUUCCCCCUCCGUACUGAAUAAACUACGAAAGGCAUUAACGAAUGGGGAUGCGGCACUUAGUGAAGUAUUACAACGUACAGAAGAAAUGAAGACAUUUGUUGCCAAAUACGCACCAGUAGCAACAACGAUAAAAGAACAGAUUGCGAUUAGUCAAAAGUUACUGCAGCGACAGCAGGAAAAGUGUAAUGAAGUACGGGCAGCAUAUGAGGCCUCUGUGGGAUUGGAUAAAGAAGUGGAAGUGUAG